AUGCUCAUUUACGGCAGUUAUACAGUCCAGCAGCUCCAUCCCUUGGGGUUCUUUAACUUUGCAUAGUUGCCAGUUAUAUGGAGGGGAGGGGUAAACCAGCGCUGGGGAUUAAAGCUCUCUGUUCAUUGAGAGUAAGUGCGCACUGAGCUGCAGCAGCAACAGUUCCUUUAGCAGCAAAGUUUCCUUGCACAGAAAAGGUUAAUGGCUAAACACAAGCCCUGGGUGGUGGGCUGCUUUAUCUUGGCUGGUUUAAUUUGCGCUGUUGCCCUCGUUUGUCUGUGCAUCUCCUCACUUGUGGACGGAGGAUGUCCCGGCGGCAGUUUCAAGCGCGCUGCGGUGUCCGCAGACUCGCAACGUUGUUCCGAGAUCGGCAGGGACAUGCUCCAGAAAGGAGGAUCAGCAGUAGAUGGCGCCAUUGCAGCUCUUCUGUGCACAGCUGUGGUCAAUCCACAGAGCAUGGGAAUUGGAGGAGGGUCUAUAUUCACAAUAAGAAAUAAAACAGGAAAUGUUAAAGUCUACAACUUCAGAGAGACGGUCCCAAAGUUUUUCAAGACUGAUCUGUUGAAGGACUGUCCCACCACAUUCACUCUAAACACAGGCAGCCAGUGGAUUGGUGUUCCUGGAGAGCUGCGGGGCUAUGAGGAAGUUCACAAAGAGCAUGGGAAGCUGCCUUGGGCCAAGCUGUUUGAGCCAACAAUUAAACUGGCCAGGGAGGGCUUCAAAAUGCCACCGUAUCUGGCAUAUGUCCUGAAGCACCCCAUUGUAAAACCUCUUAUGGAAAUCUCCUCUCUCUGCAAAAUCUUCUGCAACAAGAACAAAACAGUCCUGCGCGAAGGAGACACCCUGAAGUAUCCUAAACUCGCAGAAACCCUGGAAAUAAUUGCAAAGCAAGGGGCAGAUGCCUUCUACACUGGCAAGAUAGGACAAGACUUAAUCCAAGACAUAAAAGCUGCAGGUGGGACAUUGGAAAUGGAUGAUCUGAAGUCUUUCCGCGUGCGAGUGAUGGAUGCAUGGACAGUUCCUCUCGGAGACACUCAGAUGCAUAUCCCUCCACCACCUGCCGGGGGCGCCCUGCUCGCCUUCAUUCUCAAACUGAUGAAAGGGUUUCCCUUAAGUCCAAGCUCCCUGGACAGUUACCAGAAGAUUCAGAUGUACCAUCAUUAUAUAGAGGCAGCUAAAUUCGCCAAUGGACAAAGGAGAAGCAUUUGUGAUCCUGACUUUAAUAACAGGCGUGCAGAUCAUUUGAUUGAUCCCUCAUUCAUUAAUCGCAUCAGGGAGAGGAUUUCUUCAAACCGUACCCAUGACAACUUCGACUACUACAGUGAAAAACCCUCUUCUGAUCACAUUGGGACAACACAUGUGUCGGUCCUUGAUGAAGAUGGACUAGCUGUCUCUGCCACCAGCACCAUAAAUCAAUUAUUUGGAGGAUCUGUUUACUCUCCACGAACAGGCAUCAUACUCAACAAUGAGCUGUCUGACUUCUGUGGGAGAGCAGAAACAAUGAGGCCAGGUGAACAGCCUCCUUCAUCAAUGAGUCCAGUAAUCCUGGAGUCAAAGUCUGGAGAGCUCCUUGUGAUUGGUGGAUCGGGAGGAAGCCUGAUUACCUCAGCAGUGGCCUUGACAAUAAUGAAUCACCUGUGGCUGGGGAAGAAUCUGUCAGCCGCCAUUGCUGAGCCUAUAGUGUUUGUUGAUGCCAAGAACAAUGUUAAUUUUGAGCAAAAUUUUGACAAGUCUGUGAUAGCUGGCCUCAAAGCUCUUGGACACAAAGUUGGGAACUGGACAUUUUUCGUCAAUGUUGUCAAUGCCGUGGAAAAGAAGAAUGGAUGCAUUUCGGCCGUAUCGGACAAGAGGAAGAGGGGGAUGUCAGCUGGAUACUGACCAUAGGAGCACCACCUAAAUCUGCCCUAAAGAUUGACUGAACCAUUAAACUUAAGAACAAUUAAUGUGCCAAACCCAUAACAACAAAAUGUGAGUUUGUUUGUUGCUUGAGCUCUUUCCUAAAGGAGCUGACGAGCAAUACAGUCGGGAAACUACUAAGCUUAAUGGAUAAUUCCUAUUUAGUUGUAUUUGUAGGUUUGGACAUUGGAUAACAUUGUACUCACCAUAGUAAAUGCAGAGAUCUUGGAAAUCUACAUGACUCAAAAGAUGUCAGAUGGGGCUAGAAAAACAAGUGGUCAGACGAACAGAUUAUCUAAACCGCUUUAUUUGGAGGUAAACUGAAAGUAUGAGAUUUCUUUCCAAAGUCCGGUGUUUCCACUUCUGUUUUUAUAUCCACAAAUUGAAGAUGCGAAUGAAAAAUUUCUUAUGGGGCCUUCCUUACUUUGCUGGAAGCUGAGAACUAUGUAUUCAAACUCUAUAUAUAGUUUAACUAUAUGUAACAUAAUAUAAAACUAUUUUUUGUUUUAUGAGGAAAACAUGACAACCAUUUGAUGUUGUGCUCUACAUUGUGGCAAGAUCAUCCUGCAAUCUUUAAAGUGAGCAUAAUCCUUGCACAACUUCAUUUAAUAGAUGUUGAUUAAGAACCUUAGACCUUAAAUCAGAGUUCUCAGCAACAUCCUCAAAGUCUUUCUAAACUGUCAACGAAAAAUGAGGGUU